CGUUUUUACUAGCUAGAAAUUUUGAGGCAAAAUUCCAGAGUGAUCCAAUGUUCCAAGAUAGGUUUCCUACAGCUGGUGGAUCAGUUGCUGAAUACUGAGGCAAGUUCUUGGAGAGGGAGGGAAAGUUUAGGUAUUGUGCAGAAAACACACACAUGGUUUUUCUUUGGUUUUGAGUAUAGUUUAAAGUUCUUCGUUAAUUGAUACAUGGUCUCUUUGCAUUAAAUUCUCAUGUGCAGGUCUAAUUGUUUUCUUUUUGCAAUUCUGUAUGUUUAUCUUGGAAUAAAAUUAAAUCUGAUUAAACACUAAUCUUAGAUUAUUGGAAUUAAUAGCACAGUCUUCAACAACUGGAAUGAAGCAAUUUCAUUAUAGCACUACUUAAAAGCUAAUGUGAACAGGUCUCAAGAAGUCUGGGUAUAGUCUUUAUGGAUCCUACAGAGAAUGGUCAGACAGGUUUCAUGUAAAAGUGUUGAGAAUGUUGUUGCCUCUAGGAACUGCUGCUGUUUGUUGCUAUGGGUCAUAAUGAAGAUAACAUAGGACUUGACAUUCACACCAUUUUUUUGUCACCUGUUUGUUGCACGUGCUGUGCAGAUUUACAGUUGAAACUUUGACUAAAUUUAUUCUCUACACAUUUCCCUUGAGGAGUAGGAGCAGUAUUACUGCUAGUAGUACACGUUUCAGUGUGCUGGUAAGCUGAAGGUUCAUUUCUUGGGUAAGUACACUUGGGUGCACUGUUAGGUGAAAUGUCUUUUUUAAAGUUUUCCUGUUUUUAAAUGUCUUAUCAAAAUGUUUCAUUUUUUUAAGCCCUUUUAAAAUUUGCCUUGUUUCAUAUAAUAUGAAUAACAAUAAAUGUUUCUGUGGUAUUGUUUUCUUGGUGAUAACUUAUACUAGCUGACAUUAUAAAAUACAUGAACAUACUUUGGUAAUUAACAAUAAAUAGUUAAGGUUUUAACAGCACCAGCUUCUCCCAAGAAGAGCUUCUGUCAUUGUUUCACUACAGGGCUUUAGUUGCUGCUUUGACCUUUAGCAAAGACCUUGCAGCAGGGUUGCUCCUAAUUUCUGUAGUGUAACUUUCUCAAUUUGUCUAAGCUCAACUGCUGAAUGAGAGAGGGGAAGGAGAAAAACCUGCUUGACUAGGUUGGGGACUACUGCUGCAAUUUAUGCUCCUUUUGGGUAAUUUAAAAUUGCCUAUAGGCACUUGCCCAUUUACAUGCAACCUUAUUAAUUUCUCUGAAUAAGGAAUGAUUCCCUUUUGGUUCCAGCAUUUGGCAUGAAAAAUUAAGUCUUUACCAUCCCUCCUCCCUGUUUUUAAAAGUGGCAUGCGUCACAGGUAUGCCUAUGCUGUCUCCUCAGAAGCAUUAGUGCUUUCUUGUAUUGUUACAUCCUUUCAGUCAGUGAAAAGGGGGAUCAGGAAAAGCACUUGACUUGAACUCAUGAAUUGGUGAAAAUUACAAACAUGGAGUUAAACACUAGAUUAAACUCAAAUUUUUACUGAAAUGUCUAUGACCCUGAAAUGCCAACCAACACUAUGGCUUUGCUAAUGAACAUUAUGAUGGUUAUAAGUGGAAAGUAGUUGUUGCAGACUUCCUGUGUGGAUAUUUUUUGUUAUGAGAGGUCAUUCAGGUGUCUUCUUUUAUUUCAUUUUGAUGAAUUCUGCAUCUGGCACAGUAUCCAAACUCAUAACCUGGUGAGACAACUGGAUGUGUCAGCCUGCCUUCUAAUAACCAUCAGAAUGUACUGGUAUAGGUGAGAUGCUAAUUAUCUCCAGUGAACAUUUGCUGCCAAUUGAUCAGCUACCAAAACUUUUAAAGUUCAUAUUGAGGAGCAAAGAAGCUUUUUGAUUACUAGACAUAAUCAGUUUAACUCCAGGUCUGAACAAGGUACCUGUUGGCAACUGUUCAGAGCUAUUCUUCCUGUUUGGGAGAUGGGGAAACUUGCUAUCUUAGUGGAGCACAGCUUGACAGUUUGGUCAGUUAUUGGAGGGGGGAGUGGUAAGCUCUUGGAGGUAAGUUUCCCAAUUUCCCAGUUGGCUCCAGUUGCUGCAGCCCCGUGCUGUUGCAUGCUGGCUGCAGCAGGGAAGCCAGCACUGCAGUGGGACCAGUGACAGAAGCUGUUCUUUAGAAUUUUCAGGAUGGCUGUUUUCUGCGUCAGAAUGAGACAGUCCUGCUGGGCAGAGCCAACGCCAAGAGCAAAGGUAAGGUAAUGUUUAUUCAAUGGGAAUGCUUAAGACAGCCAAGCAGCUAGUACCAACCACUAUGGUAAUAGUCACAGAAGGUCCUUUUCCCCUGUUAGUUAUGUACUGUAACAUUAUUAAAUGAUAAUGUAAAUAACUUAAUGCUGGAUUCUUGUCAUUAAACUAGUUUGAAUUCAAAUAGUAUGUGUUCAGAUGUAAAUGUUAAUUCUGUGUGACUUUUUUCCCCCCUCCCUUUUCAAAAUUCUUUAAUCACUGUUUCCUCUUUUCUUUCUUCCGGAAAAAAAAAAAAUGGGGGUAUAAUGUAAGCUGGUCCCUAUUUCAUCACGGGAGAUGCUGAAUCUAUAAAAUAGUGCUGAAAAAUUGCACUAAAAAGUUUUGGGAGGAAUGAGACCCCAGGAAACAUCUGCUAUCUUUAUACAUCCUCUCUUGGAGACUUCCAGCAAUGCUGUGGUGUGUGAGAAAAUGCUUGCAGUCUGCGACCAUGCUGAGUUACAGCUCGUGAGGAAAAAGGGGGAUUUUUACCCCAGUUGCUCAGUGACUCAGUUGCAUAUGUUGGAUUGAAUUCUGGAAAAAGAAGUCAGAAAUCUCCUUAGUAACUGCAAAACAACUGUAUGCAGUUGUGGUCCAAACAGUCAAUGUAAAACUAAAUCCAAGUAAGGAGAAAGCUGGAAUGCAAUAGAUCUGUGAAUGUGAGCUCCUCACAUUUGUUCAGGAAUUGAUAUGUAAAUUUUCUCAGUGGCCAUUCUAGAACCUGAUGGACAUCUGGCUUUAAUUCACACCUGUGAAAAAGAGCAAAAUUAUUUACAGCAUGUUUCCUUGGUUCUGAUGUGCAGAAUUAUUUUCCUCAGAACACAUGAAUUUGAUCUCCAUUUUUUCAUUUGGUGCUUGGCUGUAGCUAUCAAUACCUUUGCUGAAGUAGUGGGUUUUUUUUUUACUCUCUUCAAACUACACAGAACUCUUUAUCCGCAAAACCUGCUUUAGGCAAGACGACUUCAACGGACUAUGGUUGAAAGGCUUCUCAAAUAUUUUCUUUGGUCUCAGAUUUUUUUUGUUAUUGCUGUUUAUUAUGGGCAAAGGUAAUUCUUUGCUCUGUACUAGCACAUCAAAAGCACCGGUAUCUUGAAGCAUCAUUUGUUGAAAAUCUCUCUAGAAAAUCUCUUACUGUCUGUGAAGCCUUUAAUGUAGGAUACUUUUAAGCCAGAUUUCAGAAUUUAUGCAGCCUCAGAAGCCUCCUCAGUUGGCACCUGCAAAUUUGACCUCUUUGGACUUCACAAACAGAUUCUGGUUUUGUAUCUUUAUAAUUUUGUGUGUAGUUUCAAACCUAGUUUGUUAGAGGCUAAGACUGUUAGAUAUUAGCCUUUUGUAAUUAUCCUGUAUGUGCAGAUUGUAUGUUUACAUGAUGCUCUACCUGUUGUACAGUGUUUGAGAUGUUACCAUUUAAGAUUGCACUUGAUUUUAAAUAAAAGCUUAUUGUUUCACAGUCAAUAGUAUUUUAUAUUGCUGGUGAUUGUGAGUUUUAUGAUGUUAUAUUGUGACAAUAGAGCACAAAGAGCUGGAGGUGGGAACUGGUGGUUCUGAGGGCUGUCUUCUUUCUGCAGGUGAUGUUUGAAAUGUGAUUUCUGAGGUAAAGUGUUUGUGUUUGGGGGGGAGAGGGUAGGGGAGGGAUUGAAUGGUUAAUUUCUUGUCUUUUUUUUUUUUUCCUGUUCCCAAUGAUGUGUGGUAUUGCGUACCUUGUGCUUUCUGCUUGUUUUUUUCUUUACUAUUAAACUGCUGAUGUUUAUUUCCAGGAAUGUUUUGCAAAUGUCCUUCUCACUCUUCCCCUCUACAACUGUAGGCGUUUGUUGUGAAGCAUCUUUUGGAGUACACACAGCAGAGCGAGUCCAACCUGCAGUACAGCUUGUUUUUAGUUUUUGGCAUCUUCAUGACUGAAGUGGUGCGAUCUUGGUCCCUUGCCCUGACCUGGGCUUUGAAUUACCGCACGGGGGUUAGACUGCGUGGAGCUAUCUUGACAAUGGCCUUUAAGAAAAUUCUUAAGCUGAAGAACAUAAAGGAGAAGUCUCUUGGAGAGCUCAUAAAUGUAUGUUCCAAUGACGGGCAAAGGAUGUUUGAAGCUGCAGCAGUUGGCAGUUUGUUGGCUGGGGGCCCUAUUGUGGCCAUCUUAGGAAUGGUUUACAAUGUCAUUAUUCUGGGUCCAACAGGUUUCUUGGGCUCUGCUGUCUUCAUCCUUUUCUACCCAGCAAUGAUGUUUGUAUCACGCCUUACAGCUUAUUUCAGAAGAAAAUGUGUAUCAACAACAGAUGAACGUGUGCAGAAGAUGAAUGAAGUUCUUAAUUACAUUAAGUUCAUUAAAAUGUAUGCCUGGGUUAAACCAUUUUCUCAAAAUGUUCAAAAAAUCCGUGAGGAAGAACGUAAAAUCUUGGAGCGCGCAGGCUACUUCCAGAGCAUCACUGUGGGUGUGGCUCCCAUAGUUGUGGUCAUUGCCAGUGUGGUGACCUUUUCUGUCCAUAUGAUCCUUGGCUACGAUCUUACAGCAGCUCAGGCUUUCACAGUGGUCACUGUCUUCAAUUCAAUGACUUUUGCUCUAAAAGUAACACCUUUCUCAGUGAAGUCUCUAUCUGAGGCCUCUGUUUCUGUUGACAGAUUUAAGAGUUUAUUUCUAAUGGAAGAGGUUCAUAUGAUAAAGAAAAAUCCAGCCAAUCCUCACACUGCGAUAGAGGUGAAAAAUGCUACUUUGGCUUGGGAGUUCUCCCACGCCAGCGUCCAGAGCUCACCAAAGUUGACCCCCAAAGUGAAAAAAGACAAGAAAGUCACCAAGGGCAAGAAAGAGAAAAUGAAACUGCAAAAUGAGGGACAGCAAGCUGUGCUGGCAGAGCAGAAGGGCCAUCUUCUAGUGGACAGUGACGACCAUCCUAGCCCUGAAGAGGAGAACAAAAUCAUCCACCUGGUUAACCUUCGGCUUCAGAGGACUCUCUACAACAUUGACUUAGAGAUAGAAAAGGGAAAACUUGUUGGAAUUUGUGGCAGCGUGGGGAGUGGAAAAACUUCACUUAUCUCAGCAAUUUUAGGGCAGAUGACCCUGUUGGAGGGUAGCAUUGCAGUAAGUGGCACAUUUGCAUAUGUGGCCCAGCAGGCCUGGAUUCUCAACGCUACACUUCGGGACAACAUUCUUUUUGGCAAGGAAUAUGAUGAAGAAAGAUACAACACUGUGUUGAAUGGUUGCUGUCUAAGGCCUGACCUAGCCAUCCUUCCAAAUGGGGACCUGACAGAGAUUGGUGAACGAGGGGCUAACCUGAGUGGAGGACAGAGGCAGAGAAUCAGUCUGGCUCGAGCCCUGUACAGUGACAGGAGCAUUUACAUCCUUGAUGAUCCUCUUAGUGCCUUAGAUGCUCAUGUUGGAAACCACAUUUUUAACAGUGCAAUAAGAAAGCACCUGAAGUCAAAGACUGUCCUUUUCAUCACUCAUCAGCUUCAGUAUCUUGUUGACUGUGAUGAAGUGAUCUUCAUGAAAGAAGGCUGCAUUACUGAGCGGGGAAGUCAUGAGGAACUGAUGAAUUUAAAUGGGGACUAUGCAACUAUUUUUAAUAACUUACAGCUGGGAGAAACACCACAUAUUGAGAUUAAUAUAAAGAAGAACACAAACAGUUCACUGAAAAGACCACAAGAUAAAAGUACCAAAACAGGGUCUGUGAAGAAGGAGAAAGUUGUAAAGAAAGAAGAGGGCCAGUUGGUCCAGGUGGAAGAGAAAGGCAAAGGCUCUGUUCCCUGGUCUGUUUAUGGAGUCUACAUUCAGGCAGCUGGAGGCCCCUUUGCGUUCCUUGUCAUCAUGGCUCUGUUUGUGCUGAAUGUGGGCAGUACAGCUUUUAGCAACUGGUGGCUGAGCUACUGGAUCAAGCAAGGCAGUGGAAACACCACUGUGACUUUGGGCAAUGAUACUGUCAUAAGCAACAGUAUGAAAGAUAACCCUCACAUGCAUUACUAUGCUGGCAUCUAUGCACUAUCCAUGGCAGUUAUGUUGAUCCUGAAAGCUGUUCGUGGUGUUGUCUUUGUAAAGGGAACUCUGAGGGCAUCCUCAAGGCUCCAUGAUGAGCUCUUCCGACGGAUUCUGCGUAGCCCCAUGAAGUUCUUUGACACUACACCCACAGGGCGGAUUCUCAACAGGUUUUCCAAAGACAUGGAUGAAGUUGAUGUUCGUUUGCCAUUUCAAGCAGAAAUGUUCAUCCAGAAUGUCAUCCUUGUGUUCUUCUGCGUGGGGGUGAUUUCUGGGGUUUUCCCCUGGUUCCUGGUGGCAGUGGGGCCCCUCAUUGUCCUGUUCAUGGUUCUGCAUGUUGUGUCAAGAGUCUUUAUUCGAGAGCUCAAGCGUCUGGACAACAUCACACAGUCUCCAUUCCUGUCUCAUAUUACAUCCAGCAUCCAGGGUCUUUCCACAAUCCAUGCCUACCACAAAGGACAGGAAUUUCUGCACAGGUAUCAGGAGCUUCUAGAUGACAAUCAGGCACCAUUUUACCUGUUCAGCUGUGCAAUGCGCUGGUUAGCUGUGCGGCUGGACAUUAUCAGCAUUGCUCUUAUCACAACCACUGGCCUUAUGAUUGUCUUGAUGCAUGGCCAGAUUCCUCCUGCCUAUGCUGGGCUGGCUAUCUCAUAUGCUGUGCAGUUAACAGGAUUAUUCCAGUUUACAGUCAGACUUGCUUCAGAGACAGAAGCUCGUUUCACCUCAGUGGAGAGGAUUGAUCACUAUAUCAAGACACUUUCCUUGGAAGCUCCUGCUAGAAUUAAGAAUAAAACUCCUCCUCUGGACUGGCCACAAGAAGGUGAAGUUGUUUUUGAAAAUGCAGAGAUGCGGUACCGAGAGAAUCUCCCUCUAGUACUUAAAAAAGUGUCCUUUACCAUCAAACCAAAGGAGAAGAUUGGCAUUGUGGGAAGGACAGGCUCAGGGAAGUCUUCCCUUGGCAUGGCACUCUUUCGUCUGGUUGAACUGUCUGGAGGCUGCAUUAAAAUUGAUGGUGUGAAAAUAAAUGAUAUUGGUUUGGCAGAUCUUCGCAGCAAACUCUCAAUAAUUCCUCAGGAACCUGUGCUAUUCAGUGGCACUGUGAGAUCAAACUUGGAUCCUUUCAAUCAGUACAGUGAGGAACAAAUCUGGGUUGCUUUGGAAAGGACUCAUAUGAAGGAGUGUAUCACCCAGCUGCCUAUGAAACUUGACUCAGAAGUGAUGGAAAAUGGGGAAAACUUUUCAGUUGGAGAGAGGCAGUUACUGUGCAUAGCUAGAGCUCUACUGCGUCGCUGCAAGAUUUUGAUACUGGAUGAAGCAACAGCUGCUAUGGACACAGAGACAGACUUACUAAUUCAGGAGACUAUCCGGGAGGCGUUUGCAGACUGCACUAUGUUAACAAUCGCUCAUCGCCUGCACACGGUGCUGGGCUCCGAUCGGAUCAUGGUGCUAACACAAGGACAGGUAGCAGAAUUCGACACGCCGACUGCCCUUCUGGCCAACGAGAACUCGCGCUUCUAUGCUAUGUUUGCUGCUGCAGAGAACAAGGCUGGGAGUUCCUUCUACUUUCCUGAUGCCAGCACUGGCUCUUGCCUGGUCCAGCAGUGACCCAGUUCAGAAAGCUAACUUGCAGAAAGUUCACCCUCCAAAAGCAGGAAGGCUGUACAAAGGAGACAGGAAGGCACACCUGGAAGGGAGGUGAAGUGGGGCUGUUCUUUUCAGUAGGCGCUAACUGUAAUACUAGCAUAGGUAAGAGGAAACUGCACUCAGGAUUCAUUGCACUACAUUGCUGCUUCCCAGUUAAGCUCUCCUAAAAAAGGUGAAUACUUCCCUGCUGCUUCAGUGAGCUAAGAGUUCAACAAGGUGUGAAACAAAGGCCUGUGAUGGAGCAGGCCAACAGUUGCCUGUGGAUGGCAGGGGUUAGCUCAACCAUUUUGUUAAACCUUAGCUCCAGCAGUCUUACUUUGGAAUUAAGGAGACAGACUGCCAGAGGGAAAUGUUCUUUCUGCUGUAAUCACUUACCUGCUUCAUUUGGCACUUGCCUCUGAGUACAGAAGCAUUGCUUCUCACAUGGGUAGCAGUAGUAUUUUUUUAUUGGCUUUUGUCCUGAACAGGACCCAGGAGCAAGUUGUGGCCUGGCCCGGGGGUCCGUCACUAAAGCAGAAGGAAGAAACAAACAUUUACAAAUGAGACUGAAAUAUCUGUAUCUUGGAAGCAUUCCACAACAGGUUGAUGAUGGAAUUUUCAGGAAUUGGGUCCUGCUUUAGAAUUUAUAGUGUGAUAUCCCAGAGAAAACUUCAUCCUGUGAGGGGUAGGGUAAGUCUGGGAUUGGGACAGAAGCUUUCCUUAAAGAGAUCCUACCUAAAAUAGCAUGGGUAUUUUGGUUACACAUUCUAAGAAGGAGGUUACACAUCCUUCUUAGUAUACAGCAAAGGCUGUGGCCCAAGACUUGAAAGAGAUUUGCCUGGGAUAAUUGGUUUGCUAUAUUAACCCUCUGGAAUUUCAGUUGCAUCAGUUUUGCUUAUUCUGCCUAAAUGCAGCAAGUGUAGGUGAUCCCAGUUCAUUAUCAUAAGCCUAAAGACUCCUAGAAUGUGUUCCUGCUCAUCUCAUCUAUCUGAUGAGUGGAAAUGCUGUACUUGCUUGGGACUUCAAUCAAAAUACAGGUAGGAUUCUUCUGAAAUUACCCAAUGCAGUUAAUGUGGGACUAGGUUGGUGUAAUUCAGUGCAAAGUCAGGCCCUGAUGCUCUGGUUUGAACACCUGAGGACACUUCAAUACCAGAGGUGAAGAUGAGGGUCAGAUCCCAAGGGGCUGGUGCUGUGGUCUGCAUAUUACCUGUAGGUUAAAGCCAGAGGGGGGAUCAAGCAGAUCAAUGUGGCUGGGGAAAAAAGUUUGAGAAAGCACAAUUAUUUCAAAAGAUAAAUGGUGUGAGUGAGAAAAAGGAUAAAUGCAGAAAACUUGAUUUAUAAAAGGGUGUAGAGAGAAAAGAUGGCAGGACAAAGUUACUCCAAGUUACAAGGGCAUCAGGCAGACAAAAUUGCUUCUUGAAGGUGCUUCAAAAGAAAAUGCUGAGAAGAUGCAGGAUGGCUGUGAUGCCCUCAUCAACCACAGAGCUUUCCUCAAUGCUGCCUUGUUUUUUACUGCAACUGUAGUGUGUAUUUUCCUAUAUAUGAGCAAUCACACAAAGAUUUUCUUUAUAGUCCCCACUUCAUGUUGGUCUAGGAUAAUGCUGUGAUUUGUUUUACCCUUGGCUCAGCUGAUGACAGCAGCCACAUUGUACUCGGGCUACUGUUUCUGUCUCUAGCAUGACAAUACAGUGGCAACUCACUUGGGAAAUGGUGCAGAUGUUGCUGUUACUAGUGCAAGGCUUGGGAGGCUUUUAGAGUGUGGCACUAUGGGCUCAUUAGACCCAGGUAAUAAAUGUUCCUGUGUCAUCAAAAA